AUGAAAAUGACGAUUUUAGAUUCAAUGGAGAAGACUUUAUGGAAGAUUCAGGUUCUUUACUUUUGUUUCUUGCAAGUUUCCAUGUUGCUGGACCAUCAUAUCUAAAAUUUGUUGUUGAUUUUUCUGUUAGCUUCUUUUGUAAAAAAGAAGUAAAUGAAAAAUGAAAAUAAUUGUUUUUAGGUAACAGCCAAUGAAUUAAAAUGUAUUUGACAAUAGCUAAUGAUUUUUUUUCAUGUCCAACAUUAGGAGCAGUAGCAGCAAUGCUUGAUGAAGAUGAGGAGCAGUUUAAAAAAGAUAAUCUUAUUGCAGAUGAGGUAUGGCUAAAUUUAGUUUAAAGUUUUUUAUAACGGGAAAGAAAACCCACACCAAAUGCCAAUAUGAAUGAAGCAUACCAUUUUCUUAGAUUUAAAAUUCUUGUUUGCCAAUUGUUUAAAUGUGGGGGGCUAUUAACAAAUACAAAUUAUUUUUUGUUAAAGACAAGCUUUACUUUCAUCUAGCAUCGGUUCUUCCGAAAGUGAAUGGAGCUAUAAAAAAUGCUCUAAUAAGACAAUUGUCUUUGCCUUUAUAAAAGUAUAAUUUAACCAGAUUUUAUUUAUUUAAUUUUACUUUUUAUCAGCAUCUUGUAAAUUUAACUGUGGCGUCAGUGAGGGCUGAAGAUCAAAGUUUCAUGAAUAUGACAAUAGGAACUUAUAUGGCAGCAAGGUCUGGAGAGAUAGGAUCACUGACGUCUCCAACAAAACGGGUGGGUAAAAUGUAAAUGUAUGUUUGUACAAUGUAUAUGUUAAUUUGUAUGUUAUUUAGUGCAGUGUGUGUUUGCACAAGGUAUAUUCUGUUGUGCCAUGUAUGUUGGCACAAGGUUAAUAUUUGAGCAUGUAUGUGUUGGUAUGGGUGAUUAAAUGUAUUUUUGCUUGGUACAAUGUACAUGUGAGUUGGUACAAUGUAUAUGUGAGUUGGUACAGUGUAUAUUUACAUGAUCAUUUAUUAGAAAAUUCUAUUAAACCCUAGGCACUACUUGUUAUUGCAAGAAAAAAAUAAAAUAAUAUUAUUAUUCCUCAUGAGUUAUCAAAUGACUGGCAUAACAAUUGACUUUCAGCCUGAGUUUGGAAUGCCUGUAUACAGUCCACCCAUAGCAAGAACUGUUCUACCUAUGCUCCUUCCAAGUGAAAGUAAGCUGUCAUUUUAAAUUACAAAUUUUGAUAAAUUUACCAUUAGAGAAUAGACUAGAAGUAGUAAUAUCCUUCAUUCCAUUCCAGAGUUGUUUAAUUUAAUUUGUUUGAAAAGUAAAGGAAGAUUAGCAAAAACUGUCAGUUUGUUAAUGUCAAUUUUGUCUUUCAUCUAUGCAGUCAAUUUGGGCUCUUAACAAAUUUCAUUUCUGUCAAAUGGCUUUUGUAAUCACCCUUGCCAAUAAACUAAAGUUAAAUGAAUCUUUGAUCUCAAUCCCUUUUUUAUAUGAAAUCACUUGUGUGGAACCUUCUUCCCUAACGUAAAUCACAAAUAAGUCUUGAGAAGAUUGGCUUAACCAGCUGAAAGUGUAUGCAUUAAAACAAUAGAUGUUAGCUCAAACUCUCACUGUGCCAGAGGUCAAUUUUCUCUUGUUCUUGGGAUUCACACAAACACCAAGAUUUAAAUGUUCAACUUUACGUUGAUUUCAUCUGAUUAGCAUUUUUUGUAGGGUAUUACUGAGUCAUGAAAUAUUUCUGAUUCUCGAUUUAAUUUAUUUCUGACUCUUAAAACUUUGCAUCCGUUCCUCAGUUUACACUCCAAUUAAUACAAAGCUGACAAGAGCAAAACCAAAGGAUGAUUUCAGUUACCUGAAAAAACCGCCCAAGUUUAUGUUAGAUGAGUCACUUCCUAAUUCAGGUGAUCAGAGCAAAAUGCCUCUUCCUGCUACAAAAACUCCAAACAUGGACCCUAGGCCGAGCGGCCAACAGGAUUCAAAUGGUCUGUUUGACAGUGAGUGCAAUAACUCCGGUAAGCCAGCACACAAGUUGUCAGAUGAUAAUCCUGCGGAUACGUUCGUGACUCGGCCGUCAGAUGGUGCACCCAAGACAUCAGCCGAGAGUCCGCUGGUCACCGGUCACAAAAAUUCUAACGACAACCCAGCUGCUGAUCCACAUCAACAAAGAGCAAGCUGUGAAAGUGCUACACACACACCACCAAGAACCAGCAAGAAAAUGG